UCCGCCCCUUCCGCCGCCGCGGGCACCCGAGGGGCGGCCGGGCCGGGCCGGGCCGGGCGCGCAGGAUGCUCCGCUCGCUCUGGAGUUUCCUUAAGCGGCACAAGAAGAAAUGCCUCGUCCUCGGCACCUUCCUUGGCGGAGUCUAUUUACUGGGAAAAUAUGGGCAGAAGAAAAUCAGAGAAAUCCAAGAACGAGAGGCAGCUGAGUACAUCGCCCAAGCACGAAGGCAGUACCAUUUUGAAAGUAAUCAGAGGACGUGCAAUAUGACAGUACUGUCAAUGCUCCCAACAUUGAAGGAUGCCUUAAUGCAUCAGUUAAACUCUGAGAGUCUCACAUCUCUUCUUAAAAAUAGGCCAGCAAACAAGUUAGAAAUAUGGGAGGAUUUAAAGAUAAUAAGUUUCACACGAAGUAUUGUCGCUGUGUACAGCACCUGUAUGCUGGUGGUUCUCUUGCGGGUCCAGUUAAACAUCAUCGGCGGUUACAUCUACCUGGAUAACGCCGCGCUCGGCAAGAACGGCACAACACCCCUAGCUCCCCCUGAAGUUCAGCAGCAAUAUUUAUCAAGCAUUCAGCACCUUUUAGGAGAUGGACUGACUGAGUUGAUAACUAUUGUUAAACAAGCUGUGCAUAAAGUUUUUGGAAGUAUUUCCCUUAAGCAGACCCUGUCUCUUCUGGAGCUGGAACAGAAACUUAAGGAUAUCAGGGAAGUAGUGGAACAUAAAGAUUUGGAUCAGAUUGCAUCUUACUCUCCCUUAUGUCAUUAUCUGAUGCCAGAUGAAGAAAACCCCUUGGCUAGCCAGGCCUGUGGACUCACAGAAAGAGACAUUGCUACAAUUAAAUUACUGAAUGAAACUAGAGAUAUGCUAGAAAGUCCAGACUUCAGUACAGUUUUGAGCACAUGUUUAAAUAGAGGAUUCAGUCGACUGCUGGACAAUAUGGCAGAGUUUUUUAGACCUACUGAAAAGGACCUUUCUCAAAACAGCUCUGUAAAUAGUCUUUCCAGUGUCAGUCUUCCUUUAGCCAAGAUAAUUCCCAUAAUAAAUGGACAGAUCCAUUCAGUAUGCAGUGAAACACCCAGUCACUUUGUUCAGGACCUGUUGAUGAUGGAACAAGUGAAAGAUUUUGCUGCUAAUGUUUAUGAAGCUUUUAGUACCCCUCAGCAACUAGAGAAAUGACCUGCACAUUUUUACAAAUAGGUGGUGUAUAUAUAACAAAUCCCUGGCGACUACUGAUUUUAUAAUGGUGUAGGAGUGGCAGACCAGAAGAAAGAGCACUCUGAGGAAAGUGGGAGUGAGCACAUAUUUUCUUCUAACAGAAUUAUGUUUCAUCCAUUAAAAAUUUGUUGAAAGAAACAUUGUAAGUGAACACUUUUCUAUUAAAAAAGUGGUUAAACUCUUCUGUAA